AUGGCUGACAACGAACCGUCCUAUAUCGACUACGAGACAUUUCUCGAUCCCUCUUUUUCCACGACAUCGUUUGCGAACAGCUUGGUGCUUGCUACCAACAACCCCUCCGACACACCCCUUGAUCUCUCGACACCCUUAUCGCGUGUAUUGUUCGACGUCCAAGAAAUCGACACGCACAUAGAUACCCUUACGACCAAAUCCGCGCUUCCUUUGCUUGAGUACACCAAAGACCAUGCUGAGUCCAGCAACCGCAUACUGCAGGAGGUGGAGGCUCAAGUCACGAGCUUGACAGAAGGAUACAAAACGCUUGAGAAGGAGGUCGUCGAGCGCUAUGAGGCUGCUGAACAGGUACGCGUAGCCGCUGAGCGGCUUUGCCAGACUGUCAAGAUCGGACGUGCCGUCGCCCGAUGUCUCAUGCUGGGCCGACAGCUGGAGGUACAGAUGGCCGAGAUAGGUGGAUCGGGUGCAAUCUUGGCGAAGAAGGAGGACCAUAGGGCUAUGAUCAGAUCCUCGAAUACCUUGGUCUCACUGCGGCAAGUUCUGCUAGCUUCCAAGCCUGGUGAAGAGGGAGAAGGGCUAGACCGAGUCGAUGUCAUUACUACAUUGAAGGAUGACCUCGUGGCGCCUGCAGAACGCACUCUCAUCUCUCGGUCACAGCAAAUUGUCAAAGAAUUCUCAAUGUCUUCGUUGCUAGCGUCGGGCCAGCAGCCCAGCGCUGCUUCCACGUAUGCGCAAACCGAGGAUACAAGGUCCCGCACGACAUCGGCACUUUUUACUUUGUAUCUACUGUCGCUGACAUCGCCGGGCACCACGACGGGCACUUUCGAGCCCGCGCUCCUCAUUGUAGCGCUGCAAGACUACCUCCAAACGGCUCUCAAAUCGUCUCUCGCGGCUCUCGCUCGGGCGUUGGCAACAUUGCCUACGUUAGAACGGACGUUGCUAGAGAUAUCGGCACGGUGCCAGAACAUAGUCGCUCUGGAGACGCUGCUCGAGUCCGUCAAGGCGCCGCCGCACGCGCUGGUUGGAAACACGGCAACAACGGCAGACUCGCUCACAAGCAAACAAAGAAGUGGGUCACCUCAGAAUUUCCUUCAGCCUCUGUUGAAUUCGCUGGACACGUCGUCGUUGGCGUCGUACUUCUGGCGGUCUCUGGCUUCGGCGCUGUCGCCGCGAGUGCAAGAGAUUCUGAACCGCGGAGGAGUGUCGGCUCGGACGCUCCGCACGAACAAGGACAGAGUGCGGGAGGCCGUGAGAGAGAGCGUGAAUCGGGGCUCGCAGCUGCCGACCAGCACGCUAAGCAGGGGUAAUGGUGCGGCGGGCGGAAAUUGGGAGCGCGAGGCGGCAGUCAUGGUGGGCUCGAUAGUCGGGGUGCUGGGGCGCUGA